CAGAAAUAUGUUUUCUCAAUAAAAUUCAAUUUGAAAAUAUGUAUGGGAAAAAAAUGUUUUUCAUAAAAAUCAAGAUUUUUAAAUCUUGAAAAUGUAUAAAUGUUUAAGACGCUAACUCCGAGUUUCAGUAUAAAUUUCCAACACAUUUGAAUUCGGCAGUCUUUCCUAGGAAUAAAUACUCUUUCAUCCACUAAAUACGUAAUCUUUGAUAUCAAUCGGACAACAACAACGAUACCAUCAACAAUUAUUGAUUAAACGAGCAAUUCGUUCAAAAGUGAUCAGCGAUUGACAGUCCACCGAUCAUUAUCACCGAUUUCUUCCCAAUCAACAGCUGAAUGAUUCAUCAAUGCUCAAUUGAAUUAUCGAAAUUGCGUUCACAAUAAAUUCCAAUAAAUAUAUUCCCACCCCCAACCGCCCUCCCCUCCCCCUCCUGUAUUGAUGUCUGUGGAAUGGGAAGUAUCCCAAAGGGUGUGCAAGGUUGCUAGAAAGAAAGGGAAGUCAAGGAAGCUGGGAAGAGGACAAAGAGACCUCGUCUGUAACAAGAAUGAGAGGAAAAAACAAAAAAAAAAAGAAAAAAAAAGAAAAAUUGAAAUAAGAGUAUAGAGGUAGAUUCACGGUGGUGUGGUGCCCCCUUCGGGAAUGAUGGGGGGAGGAGGAGGCCCCCGCCCGAGGUCGUACCAAGGAGGAAGAAAAUGAGGCGAUGAGGGUGGGGGGGGUUCAAGCCUGAAGUCCCGAGGAAGACAGAGAACGGUCAUUGCCACCACCUCUUGGGACCCAUCCACGGGAGUCACAACGUCAGUAGCCGUUGCGUAUACUUGCCAUUCACUAGUGUUGAGAUUGUCGACAGACAAAUCCAGUGAAUUGGAAUAAAUAUCGAGGGCCCGAGGGACCUAUCAAUGCAGCAUAAAAUAAAAAAAUUACGGGUGUGUUAUAUCUUUUUACUGUGUUAAUAUCUACCGAUGUUGUUAGGAGGACUGUGCUCAGCCAAUGUCAAAGGACUAGACGAGUCCUGUAAAAUACAUCAAAGUUCAAUUGAAAUUGACGAAUUGAUUUUUUAUUCCCCUGUGAUAUCGACAUCAAGAUAAUUACUACAAUGAACAGUGUUUAAGUUAAUUAAUAGAAUCAGAUAGUCCUGCUAACCAAUUGGAUUUGAAAGCAAUUGAGAUGGCAAUACACAAGAUACGCAUUUCCCCACUGUUGUUCCUUCUCUAUAUCCUGAAGAGUACAGUAGCAACUCCUCUCUACACAUCGCCAUUCGCCGGUGCAGGUAUCGGGCGAAAUAUUCGGCAUUUGCCAUGUGUAUCACUGAAGACUGGCGAGACUGGUGUCUGUAUGUUCGCCUUUAACUGUGUUAAAGCUAAUGGAACACAUCUUGGCACCUGUCUGGAUAGAUUUUACUUCGGUAGCUGUUGUAAGAUCAGUGAUGAGCCAGAGAUAUUCCCGCAAGAUAACUCGAUUGAUGAGCCCAAUGGGCUGGGAUCGACUGCUGCACCGCUUGAUAAUAAUGACAUUCCGGAUUAUCAGACUAAGCCGAAACCUGAGAAGGUGCCAAAUAUUGUAAUGACUGAGAAACCGAUUAGGAGUACUUAUUCAACACCAACAACUAUGAAAACGACGACAACAAUUACGAGAACAUCGACGACUACGAUUCCACCCUCGAUAGCACUAUCAACGUUCCAAACUAUUCAAGACAGUAAAAUGCCGACCGUAACGAGGCCCCCGACAACAGUCCAUUAUUCGAGACCCAGUACCACAGAGAGGACUGUAACGACACAGAAAAUUCCAACGACUGAAACCUUUGUUAAGAGACCAACAGCUACUUCAUCAAUCUCCACGAGCCAACAAAUCACAACGCAACGAAUCACGUCGACGGAGAGAGCCCCAAUCACACGAUUUCCACCGAGGAAUGCAACGACACAAGCUUCUACCAGCAGAAGAACCACCACCACGACAACCAGAAAACCUUUAACCUCUGCAAGUACGAAGAAACCCACGAUAUUUACUAAGCGACCCACCAGGCCCACCAGUGUGAGCUCCUUCAAGCCCUCCAGCAGUUCCUUAAAACCAUCGACACUAAGUUCGUCAAAGCCAUUUUCUCAGUCUACAAGACCUGUUGUCACAACGACAGUGCCAUUGACGUUGAAACCUGUUCCCCAAAACACCACUCUCUCUUCAUCAACUGUUCUGACAACAAAACUGAAACCUAACGCAACAACAACCCUCCCGACUACGACGAAGAAGCCCAGUGUUGGGACAACAGAGAGGAUCACAAAACCAACGAGUCCACCAACAAGAGGAACCGUUACAACGACAGUUGGACCGAGGCCCACUACGAAGCCGACGAAGACAACGGUGACGUCGGCCAAGCCAACAAAAACAACGGUAACCUCAUCCAAACCCACGAAGACAUCAGUGAAGCCAAUUAUAGGAGAUAAAGUGAAACCCAGGCCCUCGUCGACGACGGUAAAACCAUCGACAAAGCCAAGACCGUCGUCAAAGCCAAGCAAACCUGGAAAACCCAGCAAACCGAUCCUGGCAACCAUCGCUGAAUCAACUGUAACUAUUCCCACGACUCUUCCAUCUACCUCGUCGGCUGGAACUUCCCCCUCGACCUCAACAACUGCCAAACCCACAUCCACAAGUACAACAACAACGACCACCACUACGACGACUACAACAACUAGUACAACUGAGAAAUCCGUCACUCUAACGAAUGAGAUUCUUCCUCCGAAGAUCGCUAUCACCACUGAGAACAUCAGUAUUUCACCGCCCACAAGCUCGACCGAGGGCUUCGUCACCUGGAGUUCGAAUUCCGAUGACUACAUGACGCCUACAAGUACAUCAUCAACCACAUCAACAACACCGGAACCAGAAGUAACAGAGACUCAAUGGUCGCCUAUUACUACUCCCGACGGCUGGGUAAUCAUCCAAUCUCCGAGCACAAAGAGACCUGAAGCUGAGAAUGUGACAGAAGAUACAAAAGUCACGUCAACAUCAUUACCUACAAUUUCAGUUGAAAUUACAACCCAAGGAACAAGUACAGCGCCCACGACAUCAGCUCCGACAGUACCGACUGCAACAUCUUCAACCGCCUCGACCGUUACCACUGGAACACCUGACACACUCGACCGUUUCAAUAUGUCCGACUACAAGCAAGUAUGCGGGAGAAGAUUGUUCCCUGAAUCGAGAAUUGUGGGUGGUGAGCGAAGUCUAUUUGGAAAGUGGCCUUGGCAGAUAUCGUUGAGACAGUGGAGGACAUCUGCAUAUUUACACAAAUGCGGAGCUGCAUUGUUGAACGAGAAUUGGGCGAUUACUGCAGCUCAUUGUGUUGAAAACGUACCACCAAGUGACCUUUUACUCCGAAUUGGUGAGCAUGACUUGGCGAACGAGGACGAGCCCUAUGGUUUCCAAGAAAGACGUGUGCAAAUUGUUGCGAGUCAUCCAAACUUCGAUCCGAGGACAUUUGAGUAUGAUCUCGCUUUGUUAAGAUUUUACGAGCCACUGUUGCCGUUUCAACCCAAUCUCUUGCCAAUCUGUCUCCCUGACGACGAUGAGGGGUACGUGGGACACACGGCAUACGUGACGGGGUGGGGAAGAUUGUACGAAGACGGACCGUUACCAUCAGUUCUGCAGGAAGUAUCUGUACCUGUCAUCAAUAAUACCGUUUGUGAAUCAAUGUACAAACAGGCUGGAUUUAUUGAGCUCAUUCCGCACAUAUUCAUCUGCGCUGGGUGGAGAAAAGGUGGUUUCGAUUCGUGUGAGGGUGACAGUGGUGGUCCUCUGGUGAUUCAAAGGCCGCGAGACAAGCGAUGGAUUCUCGCAGGUGUCAUAAGCUGGGGAAUUGGUUGCGCAGAACCUAAUCAGCCAGGAGUUUAUACGAGAAUCUCCGAAUUCAGAGAAUGGAUCAAUCAAAUCCUCCAGUUCUGAAGGAGCCCACGUAUCUGUUAAUAAAUCAUGAAAUGAAAAGUAUCCAACAAAUGAUGGAUGGUUCAAGAGAAUCUCACUUUAUCUCAGUUAAUCAUCUGAGAUUAAUAACUUGUGGAUAGAAGGAGCACAUCCACAAGCGGAGAACAAUUACUGGUGAUAGUGACGCGUUACUCUUUAUCAGACAAUUUAGUAUUACAUGAAUUUUUCAAUUAAAUCGCAAUGAAAUGCUCAGAUGAGGAAGAGUACAAGUGGUUUGCAGAGAGGAAGAAGAAAAUUAUUCUUGCCAUUAUUCAUCUGCUAUCGAUGACAGACAUCUGAAAUUCAACGGCGGUCGAUUGAUCUCACUGGGAGGAUUUUAAACUACCAGAUACUAAUGGCGUUAAUAAAUCAAUCUCUUACCACUUGUUACCCUGUAUUCCCUGUGGAAAACAUCUUCAUCCAUGUGCACGCACUAUGUGGAGAACCACAAAAAAAAACAACUACUGUCCAAGAUACUUAAUUUAUUACGAAAUAUUCUAGGACAACGAUAUUUUGCAAAUUUAUUUUUGUCCAUUUAUGCUCUGUUGAUAAACGAAAAACAUUAUUUCUCUCCUCGGAGAGUGUCUAUUUGUAAAUAUUCCAAAUUUGUACGUAGCUUUUUACUGACUAGUGUAAAAAAUGAAAUAAAAGAAUGAUAAGAAAUCUAAACUAGUUGCUGUGACCGGCACUCCAU